AUGAAGAUUCCGAUAAAGAAGAAAGAUCGGGGAGUUGUCACCAUCCCUUAUACUAUUGGAGAUAGGUCAUUCAACAAAGCUCUUAUUGAUCUAGGAGCUAGUGUGAGUCUCAUGCCGUUAUCCAUUUACAAGAAGCUUGGUAUAGGGGUUGUGCAAGAUACCAGGAUGGCACUCCAAUUCGCCGAUCAUUCGGUCAAGAAACCGUAUGGUAUUGUUGAAGAUGUUCAGGUGAAAAUUGACAAGUUUGUAUUUCUGGUGGAUUUUGUGAUUCUUGAAAUGCCGGAAGAUGAAGAGAUCCCUCUCAUUCUUGGGAGACCCUUUUUAGAAACGGGAAGGUGCUUGAUCAACAUAGAAGAAGGGACCAUGAUGUUGAAGGUUUAUGAUGAGGAAUUGAAAACCGAUGUUCGAAACACCAUGAGGUACAAGGAUGAUAUAUGUACCAGUCAUAAUAUAGAGAUUCUGGAUCAGGUGAUGACAUAUGAUAGUCCUUUGAAUGCACCACAAUCACCUUUGAAAGAGUGUUAA